UCUCUCUCAGCAACAGUAAUGGCGGCGGAGAGAGCAGCAGCUGCGGUUGCAGGAGAAGAAGAAGAAGAAGAACUGUCGAACGGAGGAAAUCCCAUCUCUUCUCCUUCUCUCUCUUCUUAUCUCGGCCUCAGCUUCUACGUAUUCCUAGGGUUUCUCCCCAAAUCAUACCUCUCGUUCAUCUCCUCUCUCCAAUCACGCAACAGAACCCUCUCUCUCAAGCUCCUCCAAGCCGAGGAACAGCUCAAGCAGAUGAGAUCCCACCGGAAAGAGGACUCGAAAGCAAACGCCAAGGUCGUCGAGAUCUUCGCUAGCCAUCGGAAUUCGUGGCAGCAAGAAGAGAAGCGCCUGCUCCAGCAGAUCGACGCAUCGACGGAGGAGAUCGCUUGCCUCAAGGCAAAGAUAGAGGAUAUGGAGAAAUCGGAGGCCGAAUUGCGUAUCUGUGUCGAGAAGCUGCGGCAGAACGUUGAGGAGCGGGAUGAGAUGAUCGGGUUCAUGUCGAGGAAGGCGGAUGAUGAGGAGGAUGUGAAGGAAGCAGAGAUCCGUGGGCACGGAUCGAAGAGCAGGGCCACGUUUGGUAGGAAUGGAGAGGAAGGCGGCGAUUUAGGGGAGUAUUGCACGGAUUUUUCGAGGAUUGGGAGAAUCAGGGUUUCGCAAGGGUUGGAUCCGGUCCCUGAGGCUUGUUUCAUGGAGAGGAUUAUGGAAAGGAAUGCUGCUGAAGCGGACGGGAUGGCAGUUCUUUACGGGCAGAGGAAUGGCUUUGGGAGGGAUUUCUUGCCAUCAGCUUCUGUUGCUUGGAUGGAACGAUCGAGUGAAUGGCAGCAGGAUUUACAGUAUGACACCCAGGAACCGCUGUAUCAUACCAAGCAUUUUGUAGCGAGAAGGGAGUCUCCUUGGAAAGUAGAUGGUGAAUCAACAGGAGUUUCCUCUAAGCUGAAAUUGCUGGAGCAGGAAUUGCUGAACUUGGAGAGAGUGGGGAAUGGGGAGCUUUCAAAGGUUCCCUCAUUGAUGAGGAAGCAAGCAAAGAGAUAUCAAGCUCUUGCAGGGAAGAUUGAUGAUCUAUGCAGGAGAAUGCAAGCAAGCGACCCCUGUGAGCCAACCCUCAGCUCAGAGUUCCGAACCCAGCGGCAGACAGAAUUCUUGAUUGAAACCUUCCGCCUUCAACAACGCGCUAUCGAGACCGGUCAGAAGUUGACAGUUUUGCAAGCAGAAACAGUUAAGAGCUUUUUGGGCGACGAUCUGGGGGGCCAAGCAAAGGUGACCACAAGACGAUCUUUGGAUUCCAUUAGGAACAACUUCAAGGAAAUCCAAAGGAAUUUGGAGAUUUGGUUGGCUAGAAUUAUGGGUGACCUGGAAGGGAUUCUGGCAAGAGAUGGUGCAUCACGUGUAAGGGAAUAUUAUAUGUCUAGAUAUCCUUUUAUACGGUAAUUUUCAUAAUAUCCUCAAUCUGUCUUCUAGUUUUCA